AUGGAACCUCCACCGAAGCCGGGGCAAACAUCGCUCUUCCAGGUCUUUCUGAGACUCCGGCCGCCAAUGAACCAGAAAGGAACAUCUCAAGCGUCAAAACAGAGCUACCUUACAGUUGAACGUCCGGAGGUCCCAUCAACAGGAGAUGAUGGAAACCAAAGCCGUGUUUGGCCCACCCAUAUCACACUACAACCGCCAAACGAAUUGAGAAAACGAGCAGUAGAAAAGUUCGGGUUUACGAAAGUUUUUGAAGAUAAUGCUUCCCAGCUUGAGCUCUUCGAGGAAGUUGGAAUGACUAAGUUGAUAAAAGGUGUCCUUUGUGAAGGCAGAGAUGGCCUCGUUGCUACCUUGGGAGUCACUGGGAGCGGAAAGACACACACCAUUCUCGGAUCGAAGUCACAGCGUGGAAUAACACAGAUGUCCCUCGAUGUCCUCUUUCGGUCCAUUUCGUCAACGAUUCAGAAUCCGGAUAUCACGACCAAUCCCUUGUUGUUGCCGUCCGUUGCAGCUUCAGAUGUAUCGGAAGCACAGAUUUUCUCUGCGAGAUCUUUCAUAGAAACAAUUUACAGUGAUCCAUGGAACGAGCGUGGUCGAGGUUCACGGGCCCAAACUCCAAUGUCCACCAUGUCUAGAUGUCAAACCCCAAUGACGGUACGGAGCCCUUUUAACUUCCCUUUAUCUCCUUCCCGGUGGAACUCUUUCUCGUCUGGAUUUUCCUCAGAAGGAUUGUCCCAAAACAAUCCAAAUUGCACUUCUAUACACGCCUCAUGCACCCCGACUAUUCGACUCCUUUCUUCCAUAGAGUCGAUUGGGGCUCGUGGAGAUGUGUUCAUGUCUCCAAAGAAACCCCCUUUACCCUCACAAUUCCCCUUUUGGAACUGCCAUAGAAUGUCGAAACCUGUAGCUAAUAUUACUCUUCGAAAUAAAAAGGAUUCGAUGUCCACUAUCAGUUUCCCUCGACGUAAUCUACCUCAUCGGCCUAGCGCGCUACCUCAAUUACCCGACGUGAGCGACCUUGUGAUUCCAAACCCGAAUGAAGAGGCGACUGUAGUAUUGGUAUCGAUGUAUGAAGUUUACAAUGAUCGAAUUUUUGACCUCUUGGCCCCUUCGAACGUAGCAAUGAGUCCCCGACCGGCUAUGAACCAGAAGGAAAGGCGGCGUCAUCUCCUAUUUAAGCCUACGGAAGGUUCACAAGAUCGCAAGGUCGUUACUGGUUUGAGAAAAAUUGUUUGCAGUACUUACGAAGAUGCCCUAAUGGUUUUAGAGACGGGCUUGUUGGAAAGAAAAGUAACUGAGACUGGGAGCAAUAGUGUCAGCUCUCGAAGCCACGGAUUCUUCUGCGUGGAGGUGAAGAGAAGGGUCAGAGAUAGGAGGUUUGGCGAAGAAUCAUGGGUUGGAAAUACCUUGACUGUUGUUGACCUUGCUGGAUCCGAGCGUGCCAGAAAUGCGAAGACAACAGGCGCAACACUUGCAGAAGCGGGAAAAAUUAACGAGAGUUUGAUGUAUUUAGGUCAAUGUUUACAAACACAGAGUGAUCUGCAGGACGGAAGUAAGAAGGCACUUGUUCCCUACAGACAAUGCAAACUCACGGAGCUCUUAUUCUCCAACUCGUUCCCUUCGCCCAAUCAUGGAGCUUCCUAUCCUAGACACCCACAAAGGGCCCUCAUGAUCGUUACGGCGGACGCCCAUGGGGACUUUAACGCGACAUCUCAAAUUUUACGAUACUCUGCAUUAGCCCGUGAAGUGACUGUGCCACGCAUACCCUCCUUCACCAGAACGAUAUUGGCUGGCACGGCGAGCGGAAGGAAUAGUCCAACCUAUGCUCAUAAAACGAAAUCGAGUCUUUAUUCUGCAUCCGCUGAGGAACUUGAGACCGCGGCUUUGGAAAUUGCAAGAAUCAGUGAUGAUUAUGACGCGCUGGCCAUCAAACUGGCGGAGGAAGAAAUUGCCAGAGCGGAAGCAGAGUUCCAGUGGAAAGCAGCAGAAGAAAGAUGCAUGCUGAUCGAACAAGAUGUACGAGAGGAGUGCUGGCAGGAGAUGGAGGAACGAGUUGAAGAAGAGCGCCGACGAUGGCAAGCGGCAUGGGACGAACAGGCGUCACGCCAUGAUGAGCACUUGGAUAGGAAGCUGGACUUGCUGUCUAAGGGAGUUAGAAUCCACGAAGACUUGCAAACACCUUCAGAAGAUCGAAUCGCUGAAUUGGAGGAAGGAAACAAUAAACUCCGAAUGAGAAUCGCCAAUUUAGAGCGUGAAUUACGUUCUCGUUCCCAGAGCACGAAGUCAACAAAGUUCAAGAAAAACCUAGCGAAUCCGCGGCAAGACUUACUCAAUUACAGCUAUGCUAGCUGUGAGAGUGACAUCGAAAACUCUCUCAUAAAAUUGCAGUCUCUGAAGCUGGACUCAGAAGCAAACCAAAGCCCAGGAUCAUCUACGGCGAAAAGAAUGGCAGCGGCCAAGAAACAUCGUAUGAUGACGACACGGCAACGCGAUUUUAAUCCGGAGAGUGUUUUGGAUGAAUUAGAGUAA